CUUAUCCCUGUCAUCCUUGAGCGAAUUUUCCCUUCUUUAAGGCAGUGUCCAAUGGAUCGCCAUCAGCAGAUGUAUUCCACCGUAGUGCAUCAUAAUGGCCAAGAUUACAGAAACUUCCUACGACAGAGAGUUGGCAGUGCCUUGAAAUCACGCCGACGAGAAUUUAUUGACCGACUUCGUCGUAUCCAUUCCUCCACAACAUCCUCGAGAAACCCUCUGGACUCGACGACAGACGGGUGUCAUCAGCUUAUGGAGGAACGUCGACACUUACUUUACAGUCUGCUAGAUGAUUCAGAGAAAGAACACUUGGAUUUGGAAACACUCUUACAUCUACAAGAUCAAGUGCUACUAGAGUUUGAGAAUGAUAUUUCCUGCAUUACUGGUUCUUCCUCUGGGAUGGAAAUCGAUGAAAUUACCUGUCCUUUAUGCAGCAUAGGGAAGCUUGUACUAUACGGAACUGUUCUAUGCUGUUCUUGUGGACUUCGUCUGGACACCCAGACGGACAGUAUCAGUUUGGCAUCUAUCGGACGAAGUAUACGUGAAGCUGAGACCAUGCAUGUACACAGUGGAUGCUCGCAGCCACUUCGUGGUUCACUCAUGGAACAGAAGACUAGCGUUUUUGGAGAGUCUCUCAAUUCGGACAGUGUAUCACUUCUCUGUUUAGAAUGUCCCCGCUGUUCUUUCCUUGAAAUUGUGAUAUAGCUUGUUCCAAUAUGUAUAUUCUUG